ACGGCGAAGAUAUCGGACUGCUAAAUAUAGUCGAAGUUUCUCUUCCUUCAACUAAUAAUUCACUUCUAAAUUAACGCUUUCGAAAAACGCUCUGCAAGACCGGCUUGGGACGCGACAUUCUGCAGAAAAUCGAAUCGAAUUUCUAAAUAUAAGCCACCCACAAGCUUUGUAUUAAGCGAGUCCUUUUUAAGUGAAGGGCAAGAGAAAAACGGAGGGAUAGCCAAGCUGCCAAUUUCAAUUUGCAAUAUAUUUCAGAGUUUCAAUUUGCCAAUUUCAAUUUGCAGCAUAUUUCAUAGUUUCGAUUUGCAAUAUAUUGCAGGGGUUCAUCAAUGGUGGGUGUCAUGUGUCUCCCUGAACCAAAGCCUGGCAAUGUUCUUGCUGCUCUAUCACCGUCUUUGGCUUCUUUUAUACAGCAGCUACCGCCGUCUAAUGGAAGUGCACCAGAUAUGGAUAUGUUAAUUGAGACAUUCAAUAACGAUGUUCCUUGCUUUAAGCUUGAAAGUUUGUCUGAAGGAAAUGCUGAUGAAGCCCGAGGUGGAUAUUUAAUGAAAUCAUCACACUCUCAAAGCAAUAUUGAAGACCCAACAUUAAAAUUAUAUGAGGGUAAUGAGGCACACAUGAUUAACUUAGCAUCAUCUUUGGCAUCAUUCAUUCAUAAGUUACCUAUUGUCAAUGGACCUUCACCAAAUGUGGACAAGGUAAUUUUUGCAUUAUUACAUGGUGACAUUUCAUUUCGUAAGAGUGGAUUUGCAUCAACUUCUAGGAGGGCAAAUUCUUUGACAAUGAAUUCAUUCCAAACAAGCCAUCCGCUAAAAAGAAAGCAAGACGAUGAUGACAAAGAAGAGGUCGUUCAUAAAAAACCGUCGAUGGAUAUAUUUAAGCUGCGGCAAAUAAGGAAGCUUAAGCUUCAAGCCAAGGUAGCCAAUCAGAAUCAGAGUGGAACUAAUACUUCUCGUACUACUUCUGGAACUACUUCUCAUACUACUUCUGGGACUACUUCUCGUACUAGUUCUACUCACAGCUAAUAACCUUCAACAAAUUUUGACACUGUAAAAAUAACAAAAGAUUCCAACAAUCUUAUGUAACAAAGAGAAGCAUUUGCUAUUGUAUUAAAUUCAGAAUUUUUGUAAAUUCAAAUUUUGACAUCUUUAAAGAAUAAUGUGGAAUUCUUUUGUA